UAUCAAGAUAUUGCCUGUUCAAUUUUUUGAAAGUCGGGUCGCAGACUCAAUCGUGUAAACAACGACGUAUUGACUGAACACAGCAUUGCAAUACGUUCAAAGCACUUAAUACCCUGCUUCAAGGUCUUGUGCGGACCCUGGAGUUGGGUUAGACAUCAUUCUCUUCUUAAAUUACCCCGGAUUCGGCUUUCCACAACCUCACCGUCGACCCCGAUCACACCCCGGUCACUUCCCCUCACGGAUACCGGCACGGCCAAUCUCUCUCAACCAUGGGCAGAAAACCCCAUCCCCUCAUCACGGAAUUCUACAUACGCGGUGCCAAAGUCUGCGACACGUCAAACCGGUAUGAUCACACCUGCAGAAAAUGCGGUGAACACGUUCCCAAAGGCCGCAUCGAAAAUCUCCAAGCUCACCUGACCAAACACUGUACUGCUCUCAACAAAUUUGAGCGCGUGAAGAUACUUCUCCGAUUUCAUGAUCUCGCUCGCCCCAACGUCAGACCCAACAUCGACCCAAACUAUGUCGAGCCUGAUGACUUGACGGCUGGUACAGCUCCUACUCCAGCUCGUGCCCCGGCCGCUGCAACCGAGGAACAGGACUUCGAUGCUUUGAAUGUUUUGGCUGAGGCAUCACGACAAGUCGGACACAAUGCACAGGCACCCUUUGACUUUGCUGCUCUCCAUACAGUUCGACACGAUGACUUUGAUCCCACUGGACAGGACUUUGCUCAUACCCAAGCUGUUCCAACACAAUCUGAUGGACAUGUCGCCGCUCUGGUGGCAGCUCAAGAUGUCGUCGACCCUCAGCUCGACGCCCAUUUCGAUAAUGACGAGGACUUCUUGGCAGCGCCUGAGAUGCUUGCUAAGAACAAUGUAAUCUCUACUACCAUGCCCCCGGACUUUUCGCAAGUCUUCUCCUACAACCCCAAUGAAGUGUCAGUCACCCAAGAUGGACUGCUCAGUCCCAAUCUUGUUACUACUCAAUCUCAGGCUCUCACAGCUAUGUCUGCUGGCGAGGCGUUUGACCGCACGAUGAUGGAGAUGGAGAUUGAGAACGGCACUCCUUUGGAUGAUCUCAUGUCUGAUACUCUGCCACAAGGUCAAGCCUUCCACUUGUCUGCCUUGUUCGAAACACAACCGGUACCACGCGAAUCCACAACUUCCCAAACCCUCGUUUCUACCACUUCUGAGACGAUUGGAUCAGUCCCGGGCUUCAGACCCAUUGCAAUGAAUCCAAACGGACAAGCGACUCAAAACAUGUUACGUUCGAAGGCCGUCGCAGACCCAAAGGUUCGCGGGCCCAUGACCAACGAGAAGAAAGAACAGUCACGAGCCACACGUAAAGUAGGCGCUUGCAUGCGUUGCCGCAUGCUGAGAAAACCCUGCGGUGAUACACCCGACCCUUGUAAGCUGUGUGCUUCUGUCCAAAAUCCGCGGUACUGGAAGAAGUGUCUUCGGGGUAGCGUCAAGGACAAGUAUCCUUUGUAUCGCGUCUCUGCCUACCGUACCACCCUGUUCCAGGAGACUGAGCUGAUGAAGCGCGCUACUAUUAACGACAAAAUUGAUGCCAACAUUGAGGCUUUCCAUUUCGACGAGUACAAGGUCAUCCUGACAUGUCGUGAGGUGAAACCAAAGACUCGGUUGUUCAGCCCUGCAAACGCACAAGACGCGAACCUUCCAUUUGGCGAUGCAGGGAUUGUAGUCAUCGAUGCAGGAAUUCCGAACGACAACGGUCCGAGAGUGGAACGAUACCUAAAGGCAAUCACUCCUGCAGUCAUCAUGCGAGAGAGGUCAGCAAUCAUCAAAGCAUGUCUCAACUAUGCUGUGUCCCUGAACGUCCCACCGCAAGUCGUCGUCACUGCAAAAGAUGACAAAAACCCCAUUCCCGAUGUCAUCGACCUGUGGACAGUCACUGCCCUGCUUACGAAUCCAGACUGGAAGGAGAAUUUUGUUGUCGUCGCUGAUGGCACAGAUGGCACAGAUGGCACAGAAGAACGAACCGUCAUCGGAGCUGAUUCAUCCAGCUACGCCUACUUCAUGGUCAGCUUGCAAUUUCGCGCCAUGCUGGAAAAGCGGGCUGAUGCCCUCUAUCGGGCUGUAGUCGGCCAUUUUGACAAGCGCGUCUAUGAUCCCCUCAAAGUCCCCGGAUUCGAUACCUUGCUGGCCGCCAUCAUCUUUCUCAACUGUGCCGAGAGGAUGUCGUGGCAGUUUCGUGUCUGGGAAAAUGAGCAAUCACGACCAUUCCGCUGGGUUUGCGAUGAAAGUCCUGACGCCUAUGCCGACAAGGGCGAGAAACUGGCGGAGGCUGUUCAACUGGCCCUGAGUCUACGACAACUCGAUCCAAAGCUUGCCAUCGAUACAGAGUCGGGGCUGCUUGCUGUUCAGAACGAAGAAGAUGAUACUCUUGCUCUGUUUUUGGCAACCGCUCAGAUUCCAGGCGACUUCGCUACUAGACACGAGAAUGCUGCUUUCAACCAAUUCGACUACAGAUCGCUUGACGGGAGCUUGUUCCGAUCUCUGCUGGAAGUGUAGCCUCUUCGACUUGGUGUUAUCAGACGGAGUACGUGCGGAAAGAGAAUGUUUCUUUUCAUAGGUCGGCAAAUCGCUCUUGUACCAAAGGGGUUUGAUCAGGAGCACUGGCGGUGUGGGUUGAUUUACCAAGAAACGCUUGGAUUUUGCUGUGCUUGUUGAACGCAGCAGGAUAUGUACGAUUACACGACGGGAUGGUGUGCAUGCCAUCAGAUUUGUCACGAGCUGAGAUACCCCAGGAGUUCAUCAGGAAUGGGCUGAAUAAAUGUACAGAGUUGAACUAGUUUGAGAGAGGUACCAACCAGAUCAUUGAAAUCACUUCAUGGCGGUGAGCUUGAAAAGUUGCGA